GUUGCGCUAGUGAACUGAAUUUAGUACACGUGGGUUCAAUAAGCUUUGUCGAUCAUUGCGAUGUCACGGUGCACUUUUAUAAGCGUCAUGUGUUGUGCUUUAUACUCUAGUCGGGCUGAUUCGCAGGAGUAACACACACAAGACAAUACCCAAGCUACUGGAGGAAAAUAGACCCCAGAAACCAGAAGAACAAAAUACCGAGUAACCAUGAGUACGUUCACAGAUUACGACGAGGUGUCAAAGGGAUACGACAUCUGCAGACGAGCCACCAACAUGGACCUACUUGUUGGCAUGGUGACGCAUCUAACGAGAAAGCCUUUGAAAGAGCUGUCUGUGCUGGACGCUGGGUGUGGCACGGGAAACUACGCCCUGGGACUGCUCGAUGCCGGUGUCGGUCACGUGACGAUGAUGGACGGCUCGGAUGGCAUGCUUCAAGCAGCUCGCAAGAAGACGGCCAACUACCAAAACAACACCGAGUAUCGGCUAGGGAAACUGCCGCAACUGCCGUUUCCAGACAACAGCUUCGACAUCAUCAUGUUCAACCAGGUACAACACUGGGCAUUGAGUAUCAUGGUGGUGUGGGUGGAGAUGGAGGAAAGUUAA